GGAAUGCGCCGUCAGUAGUCCGCGAGCCACCGAACCGUGUACGUCGUGUUUUUGCAUGUUUUUCCUCGUUGCUUGUAAUUACGUCUGUCGUUGGCGUUGUCGUCUUGACAUUAUUCAUCGGUUCUGUCGAUUAAAAUGGGUGGUUAAAAAAAUGAACAGGUCCCUCUGAUGAUCACUUGGACGAACGAACUAUGACCACCGACGAUACUGUUAAAUAAAGACUAGAGUACCGAUUCGAGUGUAUCGUGUAUUCCGUGAUAGUAAUUUAUGCCAGUAAACAGAGAUGCGAUCGUUUCCACGUAAGAGAGAAGAAUUUACGCGAGAUUGGGAAUUUUGCACUACGGAGCGUGAACUGCGACCUUGUUAAUUGCUUUGCGACGGAGAAACGAGACGGCGUGGCAUAUCUAUAACAGUGAACAACAUACCGGCGUGGUGUGGCGUGGCGUGGCGCGGCGUGGCGUGGCGCGGCGUGGCGCGGCGUGGCGCGUCGCGGCGCGGCAUCUCGCGUAUAAGCGAGCGGUGUAGGACGGGAUGAGUGCGAGAGAAGUCACCCUCCUCGGGGGCUCCCCUUGGGGGUUCCGCAUGCACGGUGGACAUGACCUCCAUCAACCUCUACGCAUUUCUAGGGUUAAUCCGGGCAGUAAGGCGGCACAGCAGGGUGUGAGAGAGGGUGAUUUAAUUAGCAGCAUUAACGAGAGGAGUACCCGGGACCUAACGAAUAGCGAGGCACACGCACUCUUACGAAAUGCCGGGGAGCACUUAAAGCUUGGUCUGAAUCAGGAAAACAUUGGCUCGCCAAAGAGACGUAUUUACAAGAGCAGUUUGCAGGAAAAUACUACCACCGAAAUUCUCAAUAAGACAACGACGACGAAACAUAUAAGCGCAUCGAAUACACGGAUUCUAACGACAGAAUCGAAGAAGAACGAAACAAAUGACACGAAACCCGAUCAAAGCCACGUCAAUGAAAACGGUGGUCCGAAGUGUUCCGUGAUCGAGCAACCAGACGAAAUCAAACAAAGAUUUACCGAGUCCUUGGAGUACGCCACGGACACGGAAGAGAUUAAUAGAAUGCCGCACGGUACGCGAAACCGCAGGAAUCGCAGGGGUCGCAACAAAAGGCGGCUUCAAUCCAACCCGAUUCUCGAAAGAACCACCGCCACCGCCACCGCCACCGCCACCGCCACUGCCACUGCCACCACCACCAACAACAACGACGACGACGACGACGACGACGACGACGAGGACAGCGUCGUAGAAAAUACAGAGAACGUCGGAGCUUGGAAUUCCGCGUCAACGAACGACUCCUCCACGGAGAUUACCGUACAGGUGGACGAAAAUAAAGCAGAAUCAACGAGAAACGACGAGAAUAAAUGUAAGAAGAGAAAGAAAGAAAAGUAUAGAAUCCGAAAAGGCAGCACGGUGCAGCCUGUGGUUAAGGUUGUGGAGAUCAGGACGAUCAGCAGCUUGCCGUUGGCGGGUAGGAUCGAUCACAUUCCGGGAGUCGGUAUAAUAGAGACAGGAAACAAGGACAAGACGGUCGAGAACGCAGGAAUAAUGACGAUCAGCGAGCCUUUAGAGACGUUUGGUUUGCCGAGCAAGAGCAUCGAGUCGUCGAGGAGCAGUAAUCGGCAGCGGCUGCAGAUACACGACGUCAGCGACUGCGACGUAGAGACCGACAACGUUAAACCGGUUAUCGUGGAAAUGGAAUCGGACGUGGAGAAAGAGACGCCGGAAAGUAGCAGCGGUGGUGCUGUCUCCGUGAGCCAGGAAACCGAUUUCGAAGAGUCGGGGCCGAGAUACUCCGAGGCGCGGCACGUUUGGGACAGCGUGAUGCCAAAGGAGGUGGAGAGGAAAUUGAGGAGCUUUAUCGAGGAGCUGAAAUUGCCGACGUACUCGGAGGACGUCGAGGAACCGUGCAACUCGACGGACCAGCAGAAACUUCUCACCACGACGUACAAAAAGGUGAGAAAACGCGCGGCUCUCGAGUCCUAUUACGCCCACUCUCAGGCGGCAAACAGAUUCCUGGACAUUAUACAGGAGGAGGGCGAGAAGCUCUCCGAGGACGAGGAACAGCACAUCAGGGAUUUCAUCAACGAGGAGAUUGGAAAGUAUCGAAGGGAAGAGCGUCGUUUCGAGAGAACGAAAUGGGACGCGGAAGCAAAGGAACCAGUUCAAAUAAAUAUUUCUCACAAAGAUACAGAGUUAUCGAAUUACGCGAGGCAAGACGAGAUGAUGUUGGAAACGGAGGAGUCGAAGGUUACGGAAAAUUCUAUUCCCGAAGGUGACGCGCUGUUUCGACAAAAUGAACGCGAGGAAAAAUGCGAAAGAACGUUAGAAUCGAAAAAGGAGACUUUGAUAAAAGAAUCGCUAAAUGUGAACGAUAUCGCAGAGAAUGUUGAAUCGAACAAAGGGAAAGAAGAGUCACGGAUAAAAGAGGAAGUGAUAGAAGGCGAUUCCGAAACACAAAACGAGGGAACCGAUCUUGGAGAAAAUUCGGAACCGAAUAUAUUUAUAGAAAAUGAAACGUUUGGUAUUGAUACGGGUAACCAAGUGGCCAAUGCAUCGUCCGCUGUUAGCAAUAUCCUCCCGGAAUCGGAACCGCCAAAGGAACAACAACGGCGUCCUCCGACGCCGCCAAAGAGAUCGUCCAGCCUCGUGGACGUCGAUCUCGAAGAAAAGUCGAAUAAUCGAGUUCCCGACGACGACGACGACAGUCCUCCGAGUCGUCCCCCUUUACCCAAAGAAAACGUUCUUGUUCCGGACGAGCCACGAUCGGAGACGUCGAUCGAGAGUUUGGUGGAGACUCUGUCGCGCAGCGCGUCCGAAUUGCCCGAAAAUAUUCGUCGGAUCGUCGAUGAGUUAAGGGCUCGGGGGACGAAGGCUUGUUUCGAAAGUGACAGCAUUGCCGAAUUGCGCAAUUACGUCGAGAACGGCGCCAGCCUUGGCGAUGGAACAAGUCUUGAAAUAACGGCUGACUACACGGAUCGAAAGAUGCGCGAAAAAUGUUGGCCGCCCAAGUCGACGACAACGUCCCAGGCGAACGGAUCAUCCGCGAAGCCAGCGAAACUUAUCAUGGAAUCGUCGUCGGACGAAACGGCGCUUGAUAAGGCCAAAAUUGAAAGUGAAACUGCUGCAACGCGCGAAAAACGAUCGACGGAUCAACGAUCGCAUCGAGAGGAAAAGCACGUUUGCACCAAAGUUACUAAAAAUACAACAACGAGCAGGAAAAGGAUCGAAUCGCGAGAAAAUACGUCGACGAGCACGAAGGAGUUGACGACGAGCGAGGAAGAAUUUGAGGAAAUCUACAAUUAUUCGAGCUCGAAAAACGACCACGAUAGACGCGGCUCGGAUGAAAGUACCGAGCGUAAUGAUUUUUCCGCGAUAUUCGAGCGCAUGCUAAAUAGUAAAGAGGAGGAGAAGGAGGAGGAGCAGCAUGUCGACGAUAAAGAAAAGCUCGAGACGAGCGAUUGUCAACCUCAAGACUCGUCGAGCAGUACGACUUCGUUGAGCACGGUAAAGUAUAACCCGAUGGAGGCGUGGCAGACCGACGUUUAUUCGAUAAUAGCGGAAGAAGCGAGGAAAAGUAAAGCGAGACGCGAUGCACGGAGAAACGACGAAUCGUCCAGUCUGAAAAGCAAACUUUCAUUGUUGAAAGGAGGAGAGGAGUUGCAGAAUGUCGCGAAUGGACACGAGGCUCCAUUGUCUCCGGAGCCUAUACCUUACUCGCCCGUGGAAGAUUUGUAUUACGUCCCGUUGAACAGUGGCGAGAAUUACGCCGAAACUCGCUCGGAGGAAGCAGCAACAGCCACGGCUGGUCCAGAGUCUCUGAGGAAUCUCUGCAUCAAACGAAUCUUAUCGAUGCCGUACGGCGUUCGAAUAAUCGACGAAAUAACAGUGCCUAAAUUUAACAUCUUCGAGAGUCUUUGUUCUAUUGAAAAAUUUGCUAACAACGUAACGAGAAGCGAGAUUAAAGGCCCAUUAAAUAUGCAUGAUCGGCAGAUCGAACGAGCUAAACUAACAGCUUCGAAACGUCCCGACUUGUACGAAACUACUGUUUCAGACCAGACUAAAUUCCAAACGAUGGAAAAAUCCUUACCGAGUAAACGGAACUCGAACGCGUGGAUGGGCCUGGUCAGUUCGAGGGACCCGAAGCUUCUCGUGUGUCUCUCGCCGUCGCAGCAAAAGGCCGCCGUUAAAACGAGCGCGGAUAAUUUGUUGGACCUGCACAACAAGUUCCUAAACAGGCACAGUUAUUACGAGGAACAGCCGCCAGCGUGCAUUCCGGUUCCCAAGUACAGAGUCGAGGUACGACCUGCCGGCGAAAUCGACCGGAAACCGACCAACAGGCUACUGGAGAUUAUCAAAGAAAACUCGGACGACUCCAACAGUCUCCAAGCCUCGAAGCAUUCGAGCAAGUCAUCGACAAGAAAAUCGACGAGAUUCGAGGAAGGUCGGGUAGAUCGGGAAGGUCGGGAACGUCUCAAGGUCACUCGCCUCUGCGACUGGUUGAACCUUGCGAGACGCGAUCCCGUCGAUAUCUCCUGCCACGCGACAUCUCUCUCCGAUGAUUUAUUAAUAGAACCGUCGGUCGAGGGAGAACAGCUUGAUAAUAAGGUCCGUUAUGGUAGUCGUUUCGACGUUGCAAAAGAAACGAAUACCGUUGGUAGUUGGCCGGAACCGCCUGUCAGGAGCUCGACGCCGUUUAACAAGAGCCCGAUUAUGUUGAACACCGCCCUGAUCGACAGAUCGUCCAUCGUGCCGGACACCGCCGGGAAAAGGACGCCGCCUCGAAGGACUAUCGAUCCGCGUUACAACGUGAAUCCAGCGUUGAUCGACGACAGAGUGCAAGUGCCGCCGCGAACGAAACGCGUGGUGAACGUCGACAGGUCAUGCAUCGACACCACCAGCAUUUUCGACCAGAAUCCUCCCAGGUGCCACCUGGAGCCGCGCAAGUACAAGAACGCGGACAGUUUUAAGCACCUGACGGCCACGGAGAUCGUGCAGAAUCUGAAAAAGCUUCAGACCGACGAGGAGGACCCAUCCGAGGACCACGGAAACUAUUCCGUGCCGCAAGAGUACUUUGCGCAGCAGCUCAAGUACAUAGAGCUGCUGGAAAAUCAGCUGAAGAACGUAAUAUUGGCCGAGGAGGAGGAGGAGAAGGAGAAGGAGAAGGAGAAGGAGAAGGAGAAGGAGGCGUUCGAGGACUUGCGGACGCACGUCGGACAAAGGAUGCAGGAGAGAGGUGAUAAAGGUGCAUCCGAGCUGGAUGACGAGGCUCGGGUUACGAGCGAAACUUGGCACGAUAAGUCUGAAAACGUGGAGGAAAAUCGGUCCGAGACCACCGACAAACACGUACACAGACACAGACAGUUUCGGAAGAAGACGAUUCGCGAGAACGGUUUUCACGGGGAGGAAACGCGCGAGAAAAUCGAUACCACGGAAGAGCGUUCCGUCAUCACCAAGAAAACCAACGAAACCUCCAAGAGAGGAGAAGAAGCUGAGAUACCGAGGACAUCCGCGGUCCUGCCGAACGGCGAAGCGUUUCGUCGAAGGAUGUACGACGAGUACGUGCACAAAGUGCUCGAGAGAGAAGAGAGGAAGCAUCACAAAGUGGUAAAGAUCAGCACGCACCAGGACAUCCGUAAACCCAGCGAGACGUCCAACAAGAGCGACAUGAGCGCCGUCGAGAAAGAGUUUAUAGAAAAGGCAAAGAACAGACUGAACAAAUUCGGGAUCGAUCUCGACGGAAGCGAGGCUAAAGAGGAUGAAAAGCGCGAGGCGAGGAAACCGAAACUGGACGAGGAGGAGGAGAAGGAGGAGGAGAUCGCUAUGGCAAAGUGUCUGAUCGACGGGAAGGAAUUCGAGGAUGCGAGAAAAUUGCCCAAGCAUUUGCAAGAGUUCCUCGAAAUAUCCGCCACGUCGACCACCGACGACGAGAACGUUAUGUUCGCUCCCACGUUUAAAGCUUCGUCCGCAACACCAGGCGUUUGGUCGCCUGGAAGUGAGCCACCACCACCACCACCACCCCCAAACGAGCCAAGCUCCGAACGAAAGGAGUCUGAAAAGGAUGGUGGAAUUCCAGCCGUCUGGGCACCUUCCAGCGCCGGAGCAAGCCCAGUUCCAGAAAGAAAGGAAUUUCGUCCAGUGCAAUUCGAAAGCCCUGUUCUAAGCCGCAAAAAGCUAACACAGCAAGAAAUUACACAACAAGCACCACCACCUUGGAAGACCGAAGAAAGAAAAAAGGAAGCGUUUGAAAGUAGUUACGAGAACAGUUCACGAAUCGUUAAUUCGCAUUCAGCACCUUCGCAAGGAUUAAAAUCGUUGGUUUCGACGCCCCGUUUGCCGCGUGCUCAAAACCCAACCAUCACUCUACUGCAGAAAGCAAGAGAGGGACAGUUACCAAAAGGAGCAGCUUACUUGGAGGAAAUCGAGACAUCGAAACAUCCUCCGAACGAUGAAAAGCCUCUAAUCAAUCCGGGAGAGAUAAUCUACACCGUGAAGAAAGAGUACGAGAGCGAGCCAGAAGCGGAAAAUGAACCGCCGAAGAAGAUGGCCGAUUUGGGUCCUCGAAAAUUCGAGGGUAUUGGCCCAACAUCUAAGGAGGGUAUUCCUCUUGUUUUAAGAUCGGAAGUCAAGGAAAAUAAUCAAACAAAAUGGUACAAGAAAAUGUAUGACUCGUUGCACCGUGCAGACAGAAAUGAUGACUACAUAACCAUUCGUUACAAACCAAGAAGAGGGACAAGGUACGGAUACGGAAGCAGCAGCGGAUACCUGAGCGAACCGGAACACCGAUUAUACUCUGAACGUUCUGCUACAUUCGAUAGUCGUCGACGUCUACGUAACAAGGAAAAUGAUUUCUACACGUCGACUAUGCCCAGAAAAAACGGAGCACUAAAGUACAGUCCAGAUAUUUAUAAGAACCAACCAGGACGCAUCGAGGAUUACGAGCCUGGACGAUCGUCGAUCGCCGAGAAGGAAGCCAAGGAGUGGUGGGACGAGGUCAUGGACAUAUUUGACGGGCCAUUCGAUCAACGCAACAAUCGUCCAGUGAAACCGUAUAUGGCGCACGCCCUGAAAGAGUCUGGCUACGAAAGUGAUUCUACGCUAGUGUUCCGUCGCAAGGAAGACAUAAGUCCGUUGAGUCAAGUGGAGCAAAAAUUGGCCUACAAAACUGUGCAAAGCGGGGGUGACGUACCCCUUCAUGGACUUCGUAAACCAGCACCGGAACGCCCGAAGGACGACACGGAGGUCGAGUAUUUUCCUAUCUCGCCCACGUUGACGCGGAUCCGCGUUCACCGGAAUACCGUCUCUACGCCCACCUCCAUCUGUUUCUCGCAACGUAAAAUGUCAUCGUUUGGGCUAAAUUCAACGACCAAGAGAACGGACCAUCGCUCGAAAUCGAACGUUUCCAGAGACUUUGUCGAUCCGCGUCGAUUAAACGGACCACCUUCGCCGCCGCGAAGGCAAUCCUCGCGCAACAGCAAGACUCUGAAAUUGUACGUCCAACAGCAAGCUACGGACACGGGACGCGCGUUCAAAUCGCGGCACAAGCAGUGCUUUGCAGCCGACACCGCGAAUAUAGAAAGAUACAAGAAGACUCGUGAAAACUUUCAGAUCCAGACGUCCAACGGUCCGAGCUCCUCUCGAUCGAAACUUUCCACCCAGGUGUUUGUCGACUCCAACAAGACAAAGUUGGAACACCGUCCUCUGCAAACUUUCACCGUUCGCACAGAUGCGAACAAGAGCCUAACUUUGCAAACCAAGACGCCCUCCAAGUCUCUACUUCCUACUUUGACGAAAUCGAGGGAAAGCAUUUAUCAUACCUCGACGUAUUUAAAAAAGGACUGUGGAAGGGUACGUUCGGUAAAAAGGGAGCAAGAAGAAUCGGUCAAGAGACUUUUACACGGAUGCAGAGAAGAGGAUGCGAGAAGGAGCGUGGCGGGAACCGGAAGCAUCGUUAAGAGUUCAUCGACGGUGUACAACACCUCGGCGUUGAACAGUGGGAAACCGAGGAAUCCGAACGAGAAAUCUUUGAAAGUUGUGGCGACGGUAUCGCCAAAGGGACAGCACACUUUAAGGAGGACCAACUUGCCUUUGACCGGAAAGACGGCGUGUUCGGCAUCGAUCGUGCGUAAGACGAUGUCGACGGACGUUAAGAAGCCAAGAUCACCGAUCAAACAACUCGAUAAGGUAGUCGUCUCCAAGGAAUGUUUACGAUCGUCGACGCCUUCCUCGGAACCGAUCAGCGAAACGAACAGGAAGAAGAGACUCGGAGAGAAGCCCGAGACCAUCGUUAGAACGCCCGUGCGAAACCUCGAAACGAUACGAGUGAAUCCCGAUUCGAGCAAGAAGAGGAUCGAAGUUAAGAGAAAAACCAAGAGAGAUAAGGAUAAAGGAACCGGGAAAGGGAAGAGAGUGGCGAAUGGUCGAAAGACAGACUCGGAUAAGGUAGGUCUCGGCAAAAAUAACAUCGAGGACGAAGAACCGAACGUCGGACAAAAGAAUUCGAAAUCGGACGAGCAGUUAUCAUCGCCUCUGUUGACCAUAGAAGAGAUCAGAAGGCACCAGGAGGCCACGCGAUCGGACACGUUUUUCCAAAAGCUCUUCUUGAGCUCCGUACCCUCUGUCGCUUCGAGUAAAAACGUUUCUUGCAGGGGAUCCAUAGUGUCCGAGCGGGCCAGACUGUAUCAAGAGAGCAUCGUGAGGGGGGGCUACAAAUCCGAGCCGUCUUUGAAAUCUCUGAGCAUCUACUUGGCCCACAAACGUCCGGUGUCGAACUCAAAGUUUAAAAAUUGGGAACGCGAGAGUGUCUGUUCGAGGAGCUCGAGUCCUUACGGCGUCAGCUGGCCCGGCAGAUCCGUGUUCCAGAAGAUCAGCAAGUUCGACAGUUUGAUGGGCAUCGAGGAUUUCGGGUCGUCGGGGACGCUGCGCGAUCCUAGUCCCGAUUUCGCGAGGGAACGCGUCAAGGAAAGAAGCUCCAGCGAACCGCCGUUAAAACGUUUGUCAGAGUACGCGGAAUCCAGCCGGAAUUCUUUUUCUCGCGCCUCUUCGACGUCGCCGAUCAGAUCGCCGAUCAGAUCGCCGGCCAGAUCGCCGGCUUGUCGACGCAUACAAACGCUGAAACAAGAGAAAUCGGAAGGUCCGAGCACGUUCGCGAGUGAAGGGCGGCGGGCUAGAAGCGCCAGCGAGGCCGACCAACUCCAACGAUCCAGAGGCAAGUUCGGGUCUAAUUCGUCGUCGAUGAGAAGCACGAGCUCUCUUUGCGCCUCGCCGGUCGAUCGAGACGAAUACCAUCGGUACGUGGUCGAAUUGACGCACGACGGAAGAAAAUCCAAGAGGUACAAAGAGCUGUACGACUUUUACUCGAGCCUCGAAAGACUGGGCGAGCUCGAGAGGACCUUUUCCAGCUGCGAUUUACGACCGAGGACCAAGAACGAAGAUAUCAUUGACUACGACCGCUGGAAGAGGGUGAGAUCGCAGGAGAAGGCAGAGAUCGAAUGGAACGAGCUUUACGGAAAGCUAAGGGCGGUCCAGAGGGACAAGAAUUUGUUAUUCAGUACCAGAGACGUGAACAAGUUCAAGUGGCAAGGUGAUUGCGGUUUGAGGUGCAAGGAACGAUCGGUGGAGAACAUAAUACAGCAUUUUAAAAAGCUGCAAGACGAGGAGAGCGAGCUAGAGUGUACGAGGCGAAAGGAAAUCGCGUCGCGGAAAGACACGUACAAGCCUCUUUGGCGAGGAACGUCCGUGAUGAACGUGGCGAGCACUAUGCAGAAGAAGGCAACCAACGAUCGGAACAACGAUAAAUCAUCGUUCGAUCCGUCGUUGCAGAGGAAUCUGGGAGGCAGUAAAAAAUUCUGGAGCAGCUUGUCCAUCGAACAGGUGGCGACCCUCAAGAAACAAUUGAACGAAAUUUACUGCAGUGGGAAUUUACAAAAACCACCCCCGAAAGUAGAUCCCGACGCGGUGGAGUGGAAUCGUCGAGAAACGAUUACAGCUAACCGCGAUUCUCUGUCCAGCUACGAGAUCGAGGUUCCGCCUCAGACGGAAACAACCGAUGGGAAAGGUCUUCACGUACGAUGUCACUCGAUGAUGAUCACGUCGGACACGGCCGCGGACCAGAAAUCCUCCACGCUGAAGAGAAGCGACUCGUUUGGUCGCGGUAAAAUCGUGGAAAAAUCCGAAUCGGACGAACCCGUGACGACCAGUGAACGAUCGAUGAGCGAACUGGAGAAGCAAAGACUAUCCGUGACGCUUGGAAAGGAAGUUUUGGACAAAGUUUCCCAGAGACGAUCGUCGUCGAUAGCACCUCGUGAAACUCGAGGUAGCAUAGCCGCAGAGUUGGCGGCUAAGAAGCUACCUAAAAAGGUUGCUUCCAGCGUAACGAGCACUUCUCCCAGGAGCUGUUACUCCCUCGAGGGCGAAGAUGAUUCGAAAGAGAAGAACGAUUUCUUGGUGGUUUUAACGCCCAAUAACGAGAGUUUGGCCGACAGACAGCGAGUGGAGAGCGUUUUGGAGGAAUGGUCGAUGAAACCGCCGCUUCUCUCGAUAUCGUUGCCCGAAAACGAUUCACGGACCAAGCCAACAACGGGCCUGAACUCUGGCAGCGAGAGGGACAGCACGACGGGAAGUUCCGAGACGUCGGUGAAAACGGUCAUUCAACGGAACAUCGAGUCCGAGGACGUCCCGAGGAAGAUCGAAUUCUUCGAGAACGUUGACAAGAUUGCUCCCGCCGAUACGAGAAGAAGAAGAAAAACGGGAAGAUUGUCCUACUCUCAGAGCUUCGCCGAUCUGAAGGAAUUGUUUGGCGAAACAACGUCGGCGAAAUACACGAGCUUGGCCGAUUCGAGAUGCGGAACACGGUCGAUCUCACCGAGCGUUGCGAGGAAAGGAAGCAGCAGCCCCGGCACGGCUGAACCGGAUAAGAACGCGCGACAGUCGCUUGGUUGUUGCUCGCGAGACCGUGAACACGAUAGAUCGCGUAGCGUCAGUCCGUGUCGCGCGACCUCCCGAUCCAAUUCAUCGUGCAGUUUGGACAGUAUAUGGCUGCGUAGCUCAUCGCCCGACCCGGAAAAGUACUGGCGCGCCUACCUCAAGCUCGUGAAAAACGGCACGGUGAAGCGACUCCGAGUAAAGUUCGAGAGCGCCGAGGACAUCUCGAGCACCGGGACCAAAGCCUCCCCGACGCCAAAGAGAUUUAGAAGCGAUCCGGAGUUAACGCGCAGUCUUCUGAAAAAGACUCUGAAGCCUCACGAGUUUCCGGACGUGGCUUGGCUACGACGAAAGUACGAACCCCAAAGGGGUAAAGCUCGUCGGCGGGGCGAAUCGCCCCCUAUUCCUCGCGUGCCUCUGAAACGAGAGGACUUGUCGAUGCCUCGUAUCGACGUGAUCAGCAAAACGGCCGAGUUGAAGGAUUACUCGACGAGUUGCACGAUCGUUGGCAAUGGCGUGGCGAGAAGGGCGGAGACCGAGGAACUCGAGGCGAAGAAGCCCGUCGGUCGGAUGAGGGAAAAGUUUGAAAAUUUCGCGAAACGGAAUGCCUCGAUUUUGGGGGAAAUGUUCACCUCGUCGCCGGAUGUCCGCCAAUUGCGCGAUAUCGCGCCUUAUCUGGCUGGUCGUUGGGUCGCCCACAGGUACCCCAGCCGACGAGAUAACAUGCGUUCGUUAUCCUCGCCUCCUGCUCUCGCAGCCAGACGGUCCUCCUCGAGAAACGAUCGCACGCCGCCUUUGCUUGCACCGAAAACUGACGCUAUCGGUGCAAGCAAAACCACCGGCAGCAAACUACGACGCAACGCUUCCUCCAAAGAUCCGUCCUCGAUUCUCAAACAGCCCGAACCUUUCGCGAAUCAGCCGUUCGAUCCUGAUAAACACAGGCCGAGGUUUAGGUAUCAACCUCCCCCGCCACCACCUUCGCCAACCGUGCGACGGAAGACCACACCUUGGUGGUCCCCUAUUCCGAUCUAUACUGCUCGACCCACUGUCACUUUCGAAGAAUACUCGAACGCACCCCCGCCGCCGCCAAAAUCUCAACACUACAGAGACGACUGCCAAGAAUCACCGAGGCGUUAUGUGGAGGGUGAGGUGACGAUUCAUUAUCGUUCACCAGUGCGUACAGAGGCGAAGGAACCAUUGAGCGAGGAAGAACUCGCCCGUCGAAGCGCAGAGAACAUGCGACGCGUCUAUCAAGAAGAACGACGUCGCAAAUAUCUUCAGGAACUCCACGACAUUGAUUCCCGACGACAUACCGAUAAUUUCAUACCAUCCCAGAAGUCACCGAUCCCUCUAAACCGUUACGACGACUUUGUCGACGAUUACAGCCAUAGAAGCAGAUCCCAGGAACAAACACCGGAACCUCGGCUCGUAGCAAGAGCGCUUUAUAACUUUAUCGGUCAAUCUUCGCGAGAAUUGAAUUUUCGUCGCGGUGACAUAAUAUUUGUACGUCGUCAGGUGGACAAGAACUGGUACGAAGGGGAACACAAUGCUAUGAUCGGACUCUUUCCAUCGAAUUACGUCGAGAUUUUACCAUACGACGGAAUGCGAACGACACCAAAGAAACCUUACGAAGGUCAGGCACGAGCUAAAUUCAACUUUGUCGCUCAAACGAAUCUCGAACUGACAUUGGCCAAAGGAGAGUUUGUUGUCCUGACGAGGAGAGUAGAUGAAAACUGGUACGAGGGACGCAUUGGAAAUCGAAAAGGGAUAUUUCCUAUCUCUUACGUCGAAGUCAUUGUAGAACCUGGACAUAGAUCAGAAACGCCGAUACAAAAUAAACCGGUGGCUGCCCCUGCGGCUCACAGUCUCUUAGCAAAUGGAUCGGCUGGAGGGAAAAUGAGCAUGGGACCCCAUCACUACGUACCGUCCAUACCAGUCAAUAUAAACACAACUCAGCCCCAUUUCAAUUCACUGCCAAGAAUGGGGGGCAGCAAACUACACGUAACGCAACUCAACGAGGCAUUACACAUCGACACGCACUCCGGGCCAAUACCAUACCGAGCAUUGUACCCUUACAGACCUCAGAACGAAGAUGAGUUGGAAUUAAAGGAAGGAGACACGGUGUACGUGAUGGAAAAAUGCGACGAUGGUUGGUACGUCGGUUCCAGCGAGAGAACAGGUUAUUUCGGAACUUUUCCUGGCAAUUACGUGGAAAGAUUGUGAGAAAGAACGAUAAACCGCGAUCUUAUCACCGCGCCGCGUAUCGAACCGCAAAUUAUGUUUUACCAAAGCACUCGGUCGAACCAUUAACGUAGAUGAGAUAUUUAACGUUUACACGUCGAUGAUAAGGAACGAAGAAACACGCGUCACAACAGUCUUCCCCUUUACCAAUGUCGACGUCGACGAUGACAAUGUCACGCAACUCGACACGAUCAACCUUAUUGUCGAAUUUACCAAAAAACUUAUCGUAAGGUUACGAGUAACGUGUAAGUAGUGUAUAAUAACGUUUAGUUAUUUAUUAUACCAUUUACGAGGGCAACUGUGCGUUAGGCGAACGUUGCGAGGCGUCGGAAUAGAAAACGAACAGAGCUCGUUCCUUCCUUCGUGUUUCGAAUCGAAUUUUUGAGGUUAUCACUCGCGAAACGGAAACGUUGUAAAAUAAUGUGGAACUCUAAAAAGCAAACGUUAAAGGGUUAAUACGAGAAGUUUUCCGUCGAGCAUCGAAGGGUCUAUCUGGUUUCACCAUCAACGAAUAAAGUUAUUCGUCCAUUUAAUAAUUUAAUCGAUCAACCGGCAAACGCGUUGCAGGAUUUUUUAGCUGAAAACUUGACCUGUUGCAAACGAGAGUUCAAGUUCCGCGGAUACGAAUAUCGUAUUUGUCAAGAAGAGUUUAUUGCUAGGAGAACAUGAAAAGUUUAUAUCAAAUUUACACACACACACACACACACACACACACACACAAAAAUGGCACUAAACUAGAAAUCAUGGAUUUCUUUUUUUUUCACAUAUAUUGGACUAUUCCAAUGUAAAUGGUAUUUUUCGACUCGAUACUCUUGCUGCGUAUCGUUAAUAUGAAUAUCAGGAACGAGCGUUCAUAGUUGAAAAUCUCUAAAGAAAAUGCAAACGGAUGUCUCGGAUCGAUAGCAACUUGGAGUUGUAUUUUUACAGCUAGAAACCGUACAUAAAAAUGUCAUGGUUUUCAAGUACAUAAUGUUUGGAUAAAAAAUUAUCAGCUCCUGAGAAUGAGAGCGACGCGAGUAAUGUUUACUUUGGAAUAAAGUUAAAUUAAAUUGCGACAAACUCCCUAUACUUUUGAUCAAACGGCAUUAAUAACGACCAGCGAACAAAUGUUUCACGUAAUAUGAUCCAAAAAUUGUUCGAUCGAGCCUCCGAAUCACCAAAGGAUCCGAAUUUAGUCAUAAAUGGAACCAAUCUAAGGAAUAAGUUUCUUCAUCGUUAGUGAAACUGGAUAUUUAUAUUGUCUAAUUGUAAGUUUACGACGAGCCAAAGAUGCAAAGGUUUAGAGCGUUCUAUCUUGGAACCAGAGUUCACGAUCGAACCUAGAAACUAUUCCAAUCUAUCGGAAAGAAGAUAUACUUUUCUCAAGAUUGUACCGAAUCAAGAGGUUUUCGUUUAAAAAGAAAAAAAAUAAGAAAGAAAGAAAAAAUGUAACACGAGCGUGAUUUGAAUUCAAGGAACAUGUUUCCUUCUGCGUUUGGUAUUGUAGAUAAAUCAACCGUGCUGAUGGUUAGAUUCGCGAAUAUCCAAGAGUAAGCGAUUUAUAAUUGAAAGUUUGCCUUCCCAAAUUAAUAUUUUUGUAAACAUUAUUUGUAUCCAGAGUUAUAUAUGAAUUAUACAUAUAAAUUAUAUAAUGUAUAGAGGGUAUACAUUUGUAUAUCUAUUAUUUAUAGUUGUAAUACAUAAAACUGUAAUCGUAGAUGUAUUUAACGGCGUAAUUAUCUAUGCACGUGUUAAAGAAAUACACACGUAAGGUUUACAACCGAGUCGUGUGUCCAUAUUAAUCGUAACGAAUUAAAAGAUUUUCACCGAUGUCACGGAAAUGCUACGAUCAGAAAACGAUUUGAGAACGUGUUCCGCUAUGACGUUACACGAUAGAUAACCUAUUCCUGAUCUUGG